GCCUAAAGACCAUCGUUGGUGCUCUGAUCCAGUCUGUGAAGAAGCUGUCGGAUGUGAUGAUCCUGACCGUCUUCUGUCUCAGUGUCUUCGCUCUGAUUGGACUGCAGCUCUUCAUGGGGAACCUGCGGAAUAARUGCGUCAUCUGGCCCAUCAACAUGACCGAGCAGUACUUGGAGAACGGAAGCAGAGGGUUCGAUUGGGGCAAAUACAUCAUGAAUGACUCUAAUUUUUACUUCCUCCCUAACGCGCUGGAUGCUCUGCUUUGUGGAAACAGUUCUGACUCAGGACGAUGUCCAGAAGGCUUCACCUGCAUGAAAGCUGGCAGAAACCCUAACUACGGCUACACCAGCUUUGACAGCUUUGGAUGGGCUUUCCUGACUCUCUUCCGUCUCAUGACUCAAGACUUCUGGGAAAAUCUCUACAUGCUGACACUGAGAGCUGCAGGGAAAACCUACAUGGUUUUCUUUGUGUUGGUCAUCUUCGUGGGCUCCUUCUACCUGGUGAAUCUGAUCUUGGCUGUGGUGGCCAUGGCUUACGAGGAGCAGAACCAGGCCACGAUUGAGGAGGCUGAGCAAAAAGAGGCUGAAUUCAAGGCCAUGUUGGAACAGCUCAAGAAACAACAGGAAGAGACGCAGGCUGCUGCGAUGGCAACAUCUGCAGGGACCGUGUCAGAGGCUGCGCUAGAAGAUGUAGAAGGAGGACACUUGUCCCGCAGCUCCUCCGAAGUCUCCAAGCUGAGCUCAAAGAGUGCCAAAGAGAGGCGCAAUCGCAAGAAGAAAUGGCGCCAGAAAGAGAAGGAGAAAGGAGACAGCGAGAAGGUCGUUAAGUCCGAGUCGGACGAUGGCAGCAAGAAAAGCACCAUCCGUUUCCCAGGAAGUCGACUGGGGAGGAAAACGUCCAUCAUGAACCAGUCACUGCUCAGCAUCCCUGGCUCUCCCUUCAUGUCACGCCACAACAGCCGCAGCAGCAUCUUCAGCUUCAAAGGCCGCUCCAAGGACAUGGGUUCGGAGAACGAGUUCGCGGAUGACGAGCAUAGCACGGUGGAGGAGAGCGAAGACCGCCGAGGCUCCCUGUUCAUACCGUACCGUCGCAACAGCUACAGCGGCUACAGCCAGGGCUCAUCGCGCAUACACCCGCUGGCCCCCCACUCAGGAGGGAAGAGGAACAGCACGGUGGACUGCAACGGCGUGGUGUCUCUCAUCGGCCCAGGGCCCGGCAGACGGCUUCUGCCUGAGGUGAAAAUAGAUAAGGCAGCCACUGAUGACAGUACAACAGACGUGGAGAUUAAGAAGAAACACUCAGACUCUCUUAUGGUCUCUGUGGAUCAGCUGAACUCCUCCUUCAAAGGGAAGGAAAGAGCCAACAGUCAGAUGAGUGUAGUCACCAACACGCUGCUAGAGGAGUUGGAGGAGUCUCAGAGGAAGUGUCCUCCCUGUUGGUACAAGUUUGCUAACAUCUUUCUCAUCUGGGAGUGCUGUCCCUUCUGGCUAAAGCUGAAGCACAUUGUCUACUUGAUCGUCAUGGACCCGUUUGUUGAUUUAGCCAUCACCAUCUGCAUCGUGCUCAACACCCUGUUCAUGGCCAUGGAGCACUACCCGAUGACGGAACAUUUUGAGGGCGUCCUUGCUACUGGCAACCUGGUUUUCACUGGCAUCUUUGCGGGGGAGAUGUUUGCCAAGCUGAUUGCCAUGGAUCCCUAUUACUACUUCCAGGAAGGCUGGAACUGCUUUGAUGGUUUUAUUGUGACUCUGAGUUUGGUUGAGCUGGGACUGGCUGAUGUGGAGGGCCUUUCAGUUCUCAGGUCUUUCCGAUUGUUGAGAGUGUUCAAACUGGCCAAAUCAUGGCCCACCCUCAACAUGCUGAUAAAGAUCAUUGGAAACUCAGUGGGAGCUCUGGGUAAUUUGACCCUGGUGUUGGCCAUCAUUGUCUUCAUCUUUGCUGUGGUGGGCAUGCAGCUGUUUGGCAAAAGCUACAAGGACUGCGUGUGCAAGAUCGCACAGGACUGUGAGCUUCCUCGCUGGCACAUGCACGACUUCUUUCACUCCUUCCUGAUUGUGUUCAGAGUUCUGUGUGGGGAGUGGAUUGAAACCAUGUGGGACUGUAUGGAAGUGGCAGGACAGGCCAUGUGCAUAAUCGUCUUCAUGAUGGUUAUGGUUAUUGGAAAUCUGGUGGUUUUGAACCUGUUUCUGGCUUUGCUGCUGAGCUCUUUCAGUGCAGACAACCUCGCUGCAACUGAUGAUGAUGGUGAGCCCAACAACCUCCAGCUUGCUGUGGCCCGCAUUAAGAAUGGGAUCGCCUGGUUUAAGGCCAAUAUGCGUGUCUUGGUAGCCACAGUGCUCAAGAAGCCUAUAGAAGAGGAGCAGAAACCUUUGGAUGAAAUGUAUGAGAAGAAGCUGAACUGUAUUGCAAACCACACAGUUGACAUCAACCGUGAACUGGACUAUCCCAAAAAUGGCAACGGCACAACCAGCGGCAUCGGGAGCAGCGUGGGGAAGUACAUGAUUGAUGAGGACUACAUGUCCUUCAUCCACAACCCCAACCUCACCGUGUGCGUUCCCAUCGCAGUCGGCGAGUCAGACUUUGAAAACCUGAACACGGAAGACUUCAGCAGUGAAUCAGACAUCGAGAACAGCAAAGACCUGGAUGACACCAGUUCAUCUGAGGGCAGCACAAUAGACAUCAAGCCUGAUGUGGAGGAAGUGGCGGUGGUUGAAGUUGUGGAGGAGUAUAUUGACCCAGACGCCUGCUGGACUGAUGAAUGCGUGGCUAAAUACAAGUGCUGUGAUGUUCCCAUCACUCACGGCUGGGGCAAACACUGGUGGUUCCUGAGGAAGACCUGCUACCUGAUCGUAGAACACAACUGGUUUGAAACCCUUAUCAUCUUUAUGAUCCUGCUCAGCAGUGGAGCCCUGGCCUUUGAAGACGUGUACAUUGAACAGAGGAAGACCGUACGCAUCAUUCUAGACUAUGCAGAUCGAGUUUUCACCUACAUCUUCAUCCUGGAGAUGCUGCUAAAAUGGGUGGCCUACGGCUUUGUCAAGUACUUCACUAACGCCUGGUGCUGGUUGGACUUCUUCAUUGUGGAUGUGUCUAUAGUCAGCCUUAUAGCUAAUGCUUUGGGCUACUCCGAUCUAGGCCCGAUUAAAUCACUCAGGACACUGAGGGCCUUGAGACCCCUCAGGGCCCUGUCACGUUUUGAAGGGAUGAGGGUUGUAGUGAAUGCCUUGGUGGGCGCCAUUCCCUCCAUCAUGAACGUGCUGCUGGUGUGUCUCAUCUUCUGGCUCAUCUUCAGCAUCAUGGGUGUCAACUUGUUUGCCGGGAAGUAUUAUUACUGCUUUAAUGAGACAGCGGAAGAAUACUUUGAGCCGGACGACGUGAACAACAAAACGGAGUGCUUUGCUCUGAUUAAUGCAAAUUACAGUGAAGUYAGAUGGAAAAACGUCAAGAUCAACUUCGACAAUGUGGGUGCUGGGUAUCUGGCUCUCUUGCAAGUGGCAACAUUUAAAGGCUGGAUGGACAUCAUGUAUGCAGCAAUAGAUUCUAGAAAGGUGGAAGAUCAGCCCCUCUAUGAGGACAACCUUUAUAUGUACAUCUACUUUGUCAUAUUCAUCAUCUUUGGCUCUUUCUUCACCUUAAACCUCUUUAUUGGUGUCAUCAUUGAUAACUUCAACCAACAGAAGAAAAAGUUUGGAGGUCAGGAUAUUUUCAUGACGGAAGAGCAAAAGAAAUACUACAAUGCCAUGAAAAAACUAGGGUCAAAGAAACCACAAAAACCAAUACCAAGGCCUCAGAACAAGAUCCAGGGCAUGGUGUUUGACUUUGUGACACAGCAGGUAUUUGACAUCUCUAUCAUGAUUCUCAUCUGCCUAAACAUGGUGACCAUGAUGGUGGAGACAGACGAUCAGUCAGACGACACAGAGUACGUGCUCUACUGGGUCAACUUCAUAUUCAUUGUGAUCUUCACCGGAGAGUUUCUGCUGAAGCUGUUUGCGCUACGACACUAUUACUUCACUAAUGGCUGGAACAUCUUUGACGUGGUUGUGGUCAUCCUUUCGAUUGUGGGCAAGUAUACAAAACAAAAAUGUUUGUGCAUAGGCUCACCUUACUUUUUGUUAACUUAUUACACUUUCAUAAUGAAAACAGUGAAUUAGAUCAUCUGACCUUUU